AUGGAGGACGGGGAGUUCGCCCAGUCCCUCAGCGACCUGCUCUUCGAGAAGCUCGGGGCGGGCCAGACGCCGGGGGAGCUGCUCACCCCGCUGGUGCUCAACGCGCUGCUGAGCAAGGCGCUGCAGUUCAGCCUGCACGGCCACGGCCCGCUCGCGCACAACCUCUCCUUCGCCCUCAAGUUCCUGCCCGAAGCCUUCGCGCCCAACGCGCCCGACGUGCUGAGCUGCCUGGAGCUCAGGUACAAGGUGGACUGGCCCCUCAACCUCGUGGUGACCGAGAGCUGCCUGGGCCGGUACAGCGGCAUCUUCUCCUUCCUGCUGCAGCUGAAGCUCAUGAUGUGGACCCUCAAGGACGUCUGCUUCCACCUCAAGCGCACAGCGCUGCUGAGCCACGUGGCCGGCUCGGUGCAGUUCCGCCAGCUGCAGCUCUUCAAGCACGAGAUGCAGCACUUCGUCAAGGUCAUCCAGGGCUACAUCGCCAACCAGAUCCUGCACGUCACCUGGUGCGAGUUCCGGGCGCGGCUGGCCACCGUGCGCGACCUGGAGGAGGUGCAGCGCGCCCACGCCGAGUACCUGCACAAGGCCGUGUUCAGCCUCUUCAGCCUGGUCCUCAAGUUCCGCAGCCAGCUCAUCUCCCAGCCCUGGGGCCCGGGGCCCGAGCACCCCAACUUCGCGCUCCUGCAGCAGUCCUACAACACCUUCAAGUACUACUCCCACUUCCUCUUCAAAGUGGUGACGAAGCUGGUGAACCGGGGCUACCAGCCCCACCUGGAGGACUUCCUGCUGCGGAUCAACUUCAACAACUACUACCAGGACGCGCGCGCGGGCCAAUAAAGGCUGAGCCCCC